AUGAGAGCAAAUAAAACGCCUACGUAUAACGGAGAUAGGUAUCGCUCUUUUGCUGUUGCAAAAAUGGCUCCCCUUACCGGCAAACGUUGUCCCGUCAUUGGUAACCGUAUACAUCCCGACUUUCCUUAUAUUGAUGCUCAGAUACGCUAUGGCGUUCUUGAACAUGUUUGCAAUGCAGUUGACAUGAUAGCACCUCGCUUCCGUUUAUCUUUUCCAAAUGUCCAAGAAACUUUACCCGUAGUUUUUGAUAUCAUAGUUGAAGAAUUGAAAUGGUCUAAACAUGAAAAACAGUUUAGGCCGAAAUUAACAAAACAAUUUUUGGCUCUUGAAAUGGGCCAGGCAGUUAAACGUAUCGUCAAAGAUCAAGUCAAUGUGAAUUUAUCUAGCGAAGAAGUAAAGACAUAUGUUAAGCGCUUCGAAAUCAUUGAUAAAGAUAAGAAAGGUUAUGUUUCCAUCAACCACAUAAGAAGAGCAUUAACGAGCUACGGCGACGGCGAAAUUUGCGGUGAAAAAUUGCAUGAAAUUUUUAAAGAAAUUGACACUAACACAACCGCUCAAGUGGCGUUAGAUGAAUAUUUGCAAAUGAUGUCUGCCAUUAAGACGGGAGAGGUAUCCUAUGCAAGGUUUGCCCGUAUGGCCGAACUAGAGGCACGAAAAGAGGAGGCUGCCAAAUUUAAACGGAAAAUCACAGUGGAUCGUUCUGGCGGUGAUCUGUAA